UCGGAAUCCUCCACACUCGCGCACAAACCACUCGUUCACUCUUUCACUUGUUCUCCCGCCACGCACGGACUUUACACAGUUUUUCCUUCUUGGAUUUACCGUUUUUGUGCUUUUACGCAGCGCACUUUGGAUUAUUUCUGCACCUUUUAAGGAUAACUUCACGUUUUGGGGGGAUUUAUUUCACCGCUUUUCAACAUGACUCUGGAAGAAGUCGUUGGAUCGAGCUCCACGGAGAAAAAGAUGGACACGGUCGGCUCGGCUCUGGAGACGCUGCUGGUCGCUGCGCACAGACGAGACUGUCUCACGGUUGGAGUUUACGAGUCCGCCAAGCUCAUGAAUGUCGACCCCGACAGCGUGGUCCUGUGCGUCCUGGCCACGGACGCCGAGGACGUGGACGACAUCGCGCUGCAGAUCCACUUCACGCUGCUCCAGGCGUUCUGCUGCGACAACGACAUCAACAUCCUGCGCGUGUCGGGGCUGCGGCGUCUGGGCCAGCUGCUCGACGAGAAGCCCGACCAGAACGGGAACGAACCGCGAGACCUGCACUGCAUCCUGGUCACGAAUCCUCCCGUGGACCCGCUGCAGUGCCAGGCUCUGUCCGACAUCAGCAGCUUCUGUGCGGAGAGUCGAUGCAAGAACCAGUGGGUGCCGGCUCUGGAGCUGCAGGCGCGCUGAAAACCGCCAAAAAAAAAACUGUCAAAAACGUGACGCGAAAUCAGCGGUCGACCAAUCACAGCGCCUCCCCGCGACCUCUCACCCUGGAGAGGCGGGGCUUGCGGGCGUUUGAGGGCACGUGGAGCCGGGGAUUGCUAACAAUGCUAACGGUUCUAUGCUAACGGCCCAAAAAACGAAGACCGGGAACUUCCGACGUGGAGGAGCGGUUUUUUUGGGAAGCGGUCAUGUGACUCAGCGCACGCCGCACGGGCCAAUCAGAAGAGAGUUUGACGAGAGACGGGAAAAAAGAUGGAAAAAAACAACAAGAUGGACUCAGAACUAAUGUUUUUAAAUAAACGGGACGCUCCUGCAAUGUCAAAGUGUAACCAGUGUUUUAAAGUGUCUGGCCCAAGGACACGACGGCAGGAAUCAAACCGCCAACCUCUGGGUCAGACACGUGCAAUAUAAUGUGUGUGUGUUAAAUGUGACGUGACGCUUCAGUGUUUUUAUCAGAUGGGAACAAGUGUUUUGCCAAAGGGCACAAUGUCAGGAAUCAAACCGCCAACCUCUGGGUCAAGCACCGACAGUUUAAUGUUUAAUGAUAAAAUGUAACUCGACAAACGGCGGGGACGAGGUCGACUGUAGGAAAAGUGUGUUGCUCAACGGCAGCUCGGACGCCGUCGACGGGAAUCAAACCGACAACCUGUGUGUGUCGGACUGUGACGGUGUUUUACAAAUGUGUGGGAUUAUUUAUGAAAAACAAAUGUAAUAUAUUUGUGACGAUCACGAGGUUUAAAGUUUUAUCUCCAGGUGAAAAUGAAACGAUGUGAAAUAAACAAAACG